GUCAGCUGUUGUGUGUGGAGGUAAUAUAAAUCUUCAGGUUUUUUAUCAUUUGAUAUGAUAAUUGUGAUUAAGAGAUUUGUUGAUUGGCUGUUUAAGGAAUUGUUUUAAUGAUCAGUAUUCAGACAAUAUAGUAGUUGAAAAUUCAUUUUAAAAAGUAACUUUUAACGAUUGAAGAUGGCAUCAUUAACCAAUAUCAGAAUUGCUUUAAUCCAAAUGACAGUUGGUAAAAAUAAGUUAGAAAAUGUAGCACGUGCCAGGAAAAUGAUUUCCGAAGCCAAACAGAAGGGUUGCAACUUAGUAGUUCUUCCGGAAUGUUUCAAUAGUCCCUACGGAACAAAAUACUUUGGAGAAUAUUCUGAAGAAAUCCCAAAUGGUGAAACCUGUAUUGCUCUAUCAAAAGCUGCUAAAGAAAAUGAAGUUUUUCUUGUUGGUGGGUCAAUCCCAGAAAAGGAUAAUGGCAAAUUGUUUAAUACUUGUACAAUAUGGAAUCCUCAAGGCAGUUUGGUUGGAAAGUAUAGCAAGAUUCAUCUCUUUGAUAUUGAUAUACCUGGUGGCGUAACAUUCAAGGAGUCCGAUAGUUUAUCACCUGGAAAAAAUAUUUCUGUCAUAGAUGUAGGUGCUUGCAAAAUAGGAAUAGGAAUAUGCUAUGAUUUGAGAUUUCACGAAUUAGCCACCAUAUACAAGGAUUUAGGAGUAGAUUUACUUCUUUACCCUGGGGCCUUUAACAUGACUACAGGACCAUUGCAUUGGGAACACCUCAUCAAAGCUCGAGCUGUUGAUAAUCAAGUAUUUGCUGCUGGUAUUUGUGGGGCAAGAGAUGAUUCUGCUGAUUAUGUUGCUUGGGGCCAUUCAGUGUUAAUUGAUCCUUGGGGAAAGGUUGUUAGCAAAGCUGGUGCUGAGGAAACCACACUGAUCGCUGAUAUAGAUUUAAAUGUAUGCAAGGCUAUAAGGGAACAAAUCCCGAUACGAAAACAGCGGAGAACUGAUUUGUAUGAAACGUUGUACAAAGGAAAAGUUCAAGAAGGGAGAAAAAAUUGUGUGAUUUCAAUAAGGAGUGGACUAUGAUACGAAUAACUUCUUUGUUUUAUUAAUUAUUCAAGAAUUUAGGAAAUGAUAUGUGAUUUUAACACGUGAGUAUGUAGAAAAAAUGUUCUUUCUUCCCUAAAUAUAUAAAUAAUAAAAAUUCUUCAAGGUAAUCAGUGUUUAUGUUCUUUGCCAUAAAUAAAUUGUGCCCUUUUUAUUGUUUGAAACCUAAAUAUUUAAAAUUGUGUAAGUUUCAGUUUAGUGUCAAUCAUCUAAGCAUGAAAGGAGAUUGGUCAAUAUAAGAAAAACAAAGAUAGUUAUUUACGGUAAACUAAUUCUGAUAUAAAAAUAAGAGCAAAC